AUGAUCUCCUCGCUCCUAUCCCGAUCCUCGUUGGGUCGAGGCGUAGCACGAACCUUCUCAACCUCGGCCGCCCACCUCGACGCCAGUGCCAAACUCAAUAAGCCCGCCCGUUUCGCUACACCCAUCUCGCCCUCCGACAUCCCCAAAGGCUUCGUCGUCUCGUCAACGUACGCCGGCAUCAAAGCGGCCAUUUCGCCGAAGCCUGCCUCGGGUAGCGCAUCGAACCCGAACCCGAAACCCGAUUUGGCGCUGAUCGUCUCCACCGUGCCCGCGGCAGCCGCAGGCACGUUCACGCGCAACGUGUUCAAAGCUGCACCGGUCGUCGUCUCCAAUCAGGUUUUGCUAGAUGGUGCGGAGCGCAAGGAGGGCGCACGGGUGCAGUCUGUGUUGGUCAACUCCGGAUGUGCGAACGCGGUGACGGGUACACAGGGGAUGCAGGAUGCCGAGGCGUGUGUCGAGUUGGUCAAGCAGCACUUGGCGCCGCAUCCUGGGUUGGCGCAGAGUGCCGAGGGACGCGAGACGCUGUUGCUGUCGACGGGUGUGAUCGGUGUGCCUCUGCCUAUGCCGACGAUCAAGCGGUGCAUCCCGCAUUUGAGCAAUGGCAUGAUCCUUCGCAGCGAUCCCGAGUCGUGGCGGGAAACGGCGCGCGCGUUCAUGACCACCGAUACGUUCCCAAAGCUACGCGCAAAGACGUUCAAGCUCGGAGGCAAGGAGGUGCGCAUGAUCGGAAUCGACAAGGGCGCUGGAAUGAUCCAUCCUGCUAUGACGGGCCCUAGCGUUCCUCCAUCCUUUGCGGCCUCGAGCGGCCAGCUUCAUGCCACCAUGCUGGGUCUCAUUGCGACGGACGCUGCGGUUCACCCCAAAGCACUGCAAACCGCGCUGAACCGCGCCGUUUCGCGUUCUUUCAACUGUAUCUCGGUCGACGGCGACAUGUCGACCAAUGACACCAUCAUCCUGCUCGCCAACGGCCAAUCCUCUGCGACCUCUUCAGCGGAAAUCGAAGAGUCGAGCCCCGACUUUGAACCCUUCGUCGCCGAGCUCACCGCGUUCUGCCAGGAGCUCUCGAAGCUUAUCGUGCGCGAUGGCGAGGGCGCAGAGAAGUUCGUCGAGAUCACGUGCACCAAUGCGCCCUCGUACAGCGUUGCGCACGGCCUGCUGUCGCGCCUGGUCACUUCGAUGCUGUUCAAGUGCGCGAUUCACGGCGAGGACGCCAACUGGGGCCGCAUCCUCGCAUCAGUCGGCGGCGCUGAUCCGACAUUGACCACCGACAUCGACCCGUCCAAGGUCUCCGUGUCGUUUGUGGAUCCUGCGGGCGAGCAUGAAGGGAUCACCGUGUUGAAGGACGGUAAUCCGGUCAAGGUGGACGAGGCGCAGAUCGGAAAGUUGUUGACCAAGGAGGAUAUCAGGAUCGUGAUCGACUUGCAGAACGGUACUGAGGACUGCACGUAUUGGACGUGCGAUCUGAGCCGCGAGUACAUCGCCAUCAAUGCCGACUACCGUUCAUAG